UCAAGGUUUAGGAAUUAUUUUAUAUUCUAUUUUAAAUGAUGUACAAGAUCCUCUAACAUGGAUUCUUCCUAUUUCACUCUUAUUAUCUUCUUGUCGUUGGUGGUAUAAUUAUGUAUCUCAUUAUAGUUAUUUAGAUUUUAUAAAAUCAUUAGCAAAAAAUAAAACAGAUUUAUCAAAUAAUUGUUAUGUAUUACAAGGAUAUGUAGCAAUUUGGAGAUGUUUGAUUUUUAUUUCAAGCAGUAUAGUGAUUUUAAUUUUUAAAGAAAUUCAAAUACUAGAAUUCUUUGAAUAUAUGUGGCAAAAUACAUAUAACAUAGAAUUAAUUCAAACACCAAAUUUUUCUCUUAGAGAAAAUGUGUCAUUAUCAAAUUUAUAUCUUAAUAAUAUUGUAGAUAUUAUUGUAGAUUCUUCUGCACCUUUAUAUAGCUUUUUAAUACAAGCAUUUUGUGGCUUUUUUAUAUAUCAAACAGCAAAAUUUGCAUAUCAAACAAAAAUGCAUAAAUUUGGUUUUGCUUUUCCAAUGAGUUUAAUUACUCCAGGAACAAUUUUUUUAAUAAUAAUAUUUUGUGUUUUAAGAAGAGAAGAUGCAUGUGCUUUUCAUAAUAUAAUACCAGAUUAUUUAUUUUUAAAUAUGCCUAUAUAUAAUAAUAUAAGAGAAUUUCUUAUAAAUUGGCGUAUUUGGUGUUGGUUAAUAUGGUGGUUAUCACAGAUUUGGAUUACAAAGCAGCUUUGGUUUGGUGAAAAUGAAAAACUCGCUCCUGUAGAAAAAAUUUUCUAUCAAUCUAGUUAUGAUUCAUUUCUAAUUGAUCAAUUUUUGGGAUUAAAUAAGAGAAGACAUGAAAAUAAUCAUAUUAUGGAGAAAGAAGAAUUUUCAAAUGUUACAGAAUUUAAGAUUAGCAGUUCAAAAGAAAUGCAAAAUUUGAAUAAUUCUUAUUCAACAAUUUCUAAAAAUGAUUUAAGCAACAAAAGAAUUACUGAUUUUAUUCAAAUCUAUGUUUGUGCAACUAUGUGGCAUGAAGAUAAAGAAGAAAUGAACAAAUUAAUCGGAAGUAUCCUAAGAUUAGAUAAAGACCAGUGUGCUAUGAAAGUCACACAAAAAUAUUACAAAAUUUCUAUCAAUGAUUAUUAUGAACUUGAAACACAUAUAAUAUUUGAUGAUGCAUUUUGUUGUAUACAUGGCUGUAUUGGAUUUUGUAAUCAUAAUGAAAAUGAAAUACAAAUAAAUAAAUAUGUAGCAACAUUUAUAGAAACAAUACAGGAAAAUAUAAAGGAUCUUGGCAUACUUUAUUUACCACCUACUAAAUAUCCAACACCUUAUGGUGGUCAACUUAUUUGGAAUUUACCUGGAAAGACAUAUCUAACAGUACAUCUUAAAGAUAAAAAUAAAAUUAGACACAGAAAACGAUGGAGUCAGGUCAUGUAUAUGUAUUAUUUUCUUGGGUAUCGUUUAAUGAGUACAUCAGUAGAUGUUGAUACUAAAGAAUUAAUGGCACAGAAUACUUAUAUUUUAACUUUAGAUGGAGAUGUUGAUUUUCAUCCGACUGCUGUUAAAUCAUUGUUAGAUUUAAUGAAGAAAGAUCAAGAAUUAGGUGCAGCUUGUGGAAGAAUACAUCCAAUAGGAAAAGGUCCCAUGAUUUGGUUUCAAAAAUUUGAAUAUGCUAUGGGACAUUGGCUUCAAAAAUCAACAGAACAUACAAUAGGCUCCGUUCUUUGUAGUCCAGGCUGCUUUUCACUUUUUAGAAUAAAAGCUUUAAUGCAACAUAAUGUUAUAGCUAAAUAUGCAACAAAAUCAACUGAACCCAGACAUUAUAUUCAAUAUGAUCAAGGAGAAGAUAGAUGGCUUUGUACAUUAAUUUUACAAGCUGGUUGUAAAGUAGAAUAUUGUGCAGCAAGUGAUGCUUAUACACAUGCUCCGGAAUCAUUUAAAGAAUUUUAUAUUCAACGUCGGCGGUGGAUUCCUUCAACUAUGGCUAAUAUUUUUGAUUUAUUAGAUAAUUCAAAAGAAACCAGAAAACUUAAUGAUAAUAUUUCUUGGUUUUAUGUAACUUAUCAGUGGAUUUUAACAGGUAGCACAAUUAUAGGGCCAUCUUUUAUUUACUUAAUGAUGGUUGGGGCAUUUGUAACUUCCUUUCAAUUAGAUAACUGGUUAAGUUUCUGGUAUAAUUCAAUUCCAAUCAUUAUUUUUAUUUUAAUAUGUUUUUUUUGCCAAGAACGCAUACAGAGAAUCAAAAUCAAGACAAAUGUUAGAACAGCAAAGUUUAAAGGAAUCUCAAUGUAAACAAGAGAAAACUACAAAUAAGUGGACAAAAUCUUGUUUAUCUCAUUUAUUUCAAUGUACAUUUUAUACAC